AAGUGUGUUUUGCUUGUGCCUUCCUGUCUUCUUCAGUGAGAAGCUUUAUGUAGGUCAGGCUUGGCUUAAGCAGAUUUCCUGAACCUGCGUCAGCUUAAGCUGGAGGAAUUUUAAUAAACCCUCCCCUGUAGGCGUGGGCCUAAAUGAGGCUAGCCUAGUUAAGCCUGAUCUUUUUCUGUUUGUGAAAAGAGCUGAGCAGAGCUGAAGGCUGCAUGGUGGUUUCAGAAACUGCCUACUUAAUUUGAAAAGAACAAUGGUAGGAAAGGCUAGAUCUUCCAAUUUUACCUUAUCUGAAAAGCUUGAUUUGCUAAAGCUUGUGAAGCCAUAUGUGAAAAUCCUCGAAGAACACACUAAUAAACAUUCAGUGAUAGUGGAAAAGAAUAGAUGUUGGGAUAUCAUAGCAGUUAACUAUAAUGCAAUUGGAGUAGACCGCCCUCCUCGAACAGCGCAGGGCCUACGUACCCUUUACAAAAGGCUCAAAGAAUAUGCCAAACAGGAGCUAUUGCAGCAAAAAGAGACCCAAUCAGAUUUUAAAAGCAAUAUUUCUGAGCCAACCAAGAAAGUUAUGGAGAUGAUUCCCCAGAUUUCCAGUUUUUGCCUGAUAAGAGACAGGAACCACAUACAAAGUGCAAACUUGGAUGAGGAGGCACAGGCUGGUACCAGUUCACUACAGGUAAUGUUGGAUCAACAUCCUGUUGCUAUUACAGUAGAGGUGAAGCAAGAAGAAGACAUUAAACCACCUCCUCCACUGCUCUUAAAUUCGCAACAGAGUGAUACUUUAGAGCAAAGAGAAGAACAUGAAUUAGUACAUGUUAUGGAAAGAUCAUUGUCACCUUCACUUUCCUCUAUUGAUAUGAGAAUGACAUCGUCUCCAUCUUCUAUUCCAAGGAGAGAUGAUUUUUUUCGGCAUGAGAGUGGAGAACACUUUAGGUCACUGUUAGGGUAUGAUCCUCAGAUCCUGCAAAUGUUGAAAGAGGAGCAUCAAAUAAUUUUAGAAAAUCAAAAAAAUUUUGGAUUAUAUGUUCAGGAGAAGAGGGAUGGAUUGAAAAGAAGGCAGCAGCUAGAGGAAGAGCUACUCAGAGCAAAAAUUGAAGUGGAGAAGCUGAAAGCAAUUCGCUUACGGCAUGAUCUGCCUGAAUAUAGUAGUCUCUAAGAUUCAUUUUUUCAGUCUUGCAGUUUGAUAAUUUUGAUUUUGGCCAAACUACUUUAGGACUAUCCUGAUGCAGAAUAUAUGUUCUUGAAAAAUGUUGUUAAUCUCUGUUUUGGAAAAACUUUUCUGACAUGAUUUUCUAAUUAUUUCAUUAUCUUUAGAGAUACUAAAAUUUACUGAUAGGUUAGCA